CAAGCCCGGUCUCCUACGCCCGGAUGCGGUCACGUGCCCACCGGGCGAGGCGGGGGCGGAGCGUCGCGGGUGGUGGGGGCGGGGUAUGGCGCGCUGUGCGGCGCAGGGCGGCUGGCACAAACGGCGGCGCCGGGGCCGGAGGAAAAACCUCGCCACCGUGACAGGUCCCUUCCCAAGCCCCUAGGGACAGCAGAGGACUUGGGGACCAGCAAGCACCCCCAGGGCACGAGAAAAGCCUCUGCCAUCUGCCCUGCCUCAUCCUGCCCCACGCCAGGCCCAGCCGCCCCGGCCCCCGGCUGCAUCAAGUGGAGGAGGAGGAGGUGGAGGAGGGUGGCACCAUGGGCCUGGGCCGUGCCCUCCAUGCCCGGGGGAUGAAGACACUGCUGCCAUGGACAGCCCGUGCCAGCCGCAGCCCCUGAGUCAGGCUCUCCCUCAGUUGCCGGGUUCGGUGUCAGAGCCCUUGGAGCCUAGCAGGGCCAGGAUGGGGGUGGAGAGUUACUUGCCCUGUCCCCUGCUGUCCUCCUACCACCGUCCAGGAGGGCCUGGUGAGGCCUCGGCGGGGAGUGGGACCCCCAGAGCUACAGCUACUUCCACCACAGCCAGCCCCCUGCGGGAGGGCUUUGGUGGGCAGGAUGGCGGCGAGCUGCGGCCGCUGCAGAGUGAGGGUGCUGCGGCACUGGUCACCAAGGGGUGCCAGCGACUGGCAGCCCAGGGCGCCCGGCCCGAGGCCCCCAAACGGAAAUGGGCAGAGGAUGGUGGGGAUGCCCCCGCCCCCAGCAAGCGGCCCUGGGCCAGGCAGGAGAACCAGGAGGCAGAGACAGAGGGGGAGGGCUGCAGCAGUGGCAGUGGUGAGGCCAGCGCUGGGCUGAGGGAGGAGGUGCUGCCCGCUGCACCUGAGCGCCUGGCCCUGGACUAUAUUGUGCCCUGCAUGCGGUACUAUGGCAUCUGUGUCAAGGACAGCUUCCUGGGGGCGGCGCUGGGUGGCCGAGUGCUGGCAGAGGUGGAGGCCCUGAAGCGGGGCGGGCGCCUGCGUGAUGGGCAGCUAGUGAGCCAGCGGGCUAUCCCGCCACGCAGCAUCCGUGGGGACCAGAUUGCCUGGGUGGAAGGCCAUGAGCCAGGCUGCCGAAGCAUCGGUGCCCUCAUGGCCCACGUGGAUGCUGUAAUCCGCCACUGUGCUGGGAGGCUGGGCAGCUACGUCAUCAAUGGGCGCACCAAGGCCAUGGUGGCAUGUUACCCAGGUAACGGGCUGGGGUACGUGAGACACGUUGACAAUCCCCAUGGCGAUGGGCGCUGCAUCACCUGCAUCUAUUACCUGAAUCAGAACUGGGAUGUCAAGGUGCAUGGCGGCCUGCUGCAGAUAUUCCCUGAGGGCCGUCCCGUGGUAGCCAACAUUGAGCCACUCUUUGACCGGCUGCUCAUUUUCUGGUCUGAUCGGCGGAACCCCCAUGAGGUGAAACCAGCCUAUGCCACCAGCAUCAGGACAGAAGGGUGUCCAAGUACCUGUAUCACAGCCGACUACGCCCACCUAGUGGCUAGCCCCAGAGCUGCACGGACAGACAGCUUGCCUGACUUCGGGAGAGCCCUGGGCCCGGUGCCGCCAGUCACGGUGCCUGCUCCUGCCCCGCCACUGCCGCUGCUUCUGACUUUGCCUCUGUUUUGCCUGGUGUGGAGGGCUCCAUCCAUCACUGAGGACCAAGGAGGAGGAGAGACCUCUGCUGCCCUGGGCUGGGGGCUGGGGUUGUGACCUGGGCAGAGGCCGGUGUUGGGGACUGCCAUUACUGGAGCUGGGGGCCUGUGUCCUGCCCUGUCUGGUCAUGCAUGUCCCUCUCAGGUUUGGAGAGCUGGAAGGAGGCGUUGCCACCUCCCACCAGAAUGCAGGAUUCGGGGUUGGGGUGAGUCAUGGCCUCUUGCUGGCAAAGGUUGUGGGGGAGUAUCCCCAAGCCCCCCACUCCUCCAGCCUGGAACAGGAAGUGACUCCCCAGCCCCUUUGGCCACGGCACCUUUUGGACUAGGCUGCCGCUGCUGGGCAGGAUGAAAGGUGCUGGGAGGAGCAUGGGCCUGCAAGUCCUGUCAGCCAAGAAAUAAAAGUUUACCUCAGAGCUGCA